AUGACAUGUUUGUCACGGGAAGAGGCGAGGAAAGGGGUCAAGAGAAAGGCCGAGUGGGAUGCUGAAAAUAGGGAAGCUCAGAGACGUAGACUUCAGCAGGCAUCGGCUGAAGAGUUGAACACACUGGCAGAAGAGGCCGCGGAAAUGGCACGUGCGAAAAAGUGCUUGGAUGAGUCUGUGGAUAAGUAUCUGAAGAAGGCACAUCUUUCCUCGGGACCAGGGCCAAGCCAGGAGGAAGCUGAGGUUGCAGGAGCAGGUCCAGCGUCCGCCCCUUCCCGCACUGCGUCAGUUGCGGUUGAGGUGGACCUACCCCGGCAGCCUGUCCCCCCUGUCAAACCCGCCCAGCUCCUCAGAGAGGACGAGCCGGCUGAGGUGGAUGUACCCGGGCAGCCUGUCCAGGAGCUCCGCACUACGCCAGGUCUGCGGAGGCCAGGGAGCGAAGCAGCAGAGGCCGAGCGGGAGAGGUUGGCUGCGGAGGCCAGGGAGCAAGCAGCAGAGGCCGAGCGGGAGAGGUUGGCUGCGGAGGCCAGAGCGCGGAAGGAGCCCCCUGCCCCACUGCCCCGAGAGGACCAGCCGGCCAAGGGGGAGGCACCCGAGCCGUCCGUCGAAGCCCCCCCUGCCCAACCUGCCCCGGAGGACGCGCCAGCCGAGCCCCCCGCCCAACCCGCCUUGCUGCCCCGAGAGGACGAACCGACCGAGCCGCCCCCUCUCCAACCUGCCCCGUUGCCCCAAGAGGACGCGCCGGCCGAGGCGGGCCCACCCGGGCAGUCCGUUCAGCCGCCCCCUGCACAGCCAGUACCGCUGCUCACAUACGAUGAGUGGCAAAACAAGUGGGAGCACAAAUUGAUUUCCUUCCGGAUAGAGCAUCCUGACGAGGAGAAGGAUAUCAACGGGUAUUUGGAUGGUUACAAUCAUCUGCUCCCGUUCUUACAGCUGUUAGAAGCCAGUUUUCCCUCUUUCUACCCCCUGAUCGACGUGUCUGCCCACACCUUAGCAAGACAGAUCUCGAGCGCGGAGGCAAAAGGGCGACGCUUCACGGGGGGGUGGUUUCAUGUCAAAGACGUCCCGACAGCAACAAAGCCGAAUCACUUUACUUUUCUGCUCAUCGAUCGAGAGACCAACACGGCCGAGUAUUUUGACAGCUGUGGUGUGGAUACCGCUGUGCUUACGUGGAUAGAGAAGAGGUUCGGCUGCAAGGUGGUCUCAGCGACGACCUGCCACCAGUCGGAGGGAAAAGAAUGCCUCGUCUACUGCUGCUACUUUGUCAAGGAGCGCCUCCUACGGGAGACGUACGGUGUGCCAUAUGGCACAUCGUUUGCGGAAUUCGAAGCGGUACCUAUCCCGCCCGGGUUGAUGCUGAUAGAGAGAAACAGGCUGUUUCCGCCUGCUUCACGUCCGGGCCAACUGCCACCCCCUUUUCUCUCUCCGUUCGAGGCCAGGGCGAGGGCCGGGGCAAGGGCGCGGGCUGCCAGCAUAGUUCAACGGGCUUGGCGUCGUUUUCGCAAUCAGGCCCAACCCCAGCCCCCAUUGCCGCCACCCCCACCGCCCAUCUCUCAGGCUCUUAGCCCUGCCCCAGGCGUGGUCCCACUCGACACCCCAAACCCAGAAACCCUGACCCCAGGCCCCUCCCAGCCUAGCCCCACUAUAGAGCGGGUUACCAAAGCCGCUUCCCCCCUCCCUGACCGUGGACCAGUCCCCGACGCCCCAGACCCCUCUCAGCCCAACCCCACUCUAGAUCGGGUUGCCCCAUGUCCCUCCCAGCCUAGCCCCACUCUCAAGAGGAGCCUUAGGCUUCGCGAGCGGGUUGCCCAAGCGGAUUCCCCAUCACCGCCCUCGGCCCCGAGUCCUCCGACCCAAAGCCCUGACCGCGGCCCAGUCCCUGCUGACGCCCCAGCACCCUCCCAGCUUAGCCCCACUGCCAAACUUUUGAGGAGCCUCGAGACGGACUCAGAAACACUAUAUGAUGCAGGAGAGUAUGCGGCUGCAGAACUGGGGUACAGGGACGCCAUCUUCCUACUGUUGCCUUCGUCCCCUUGUGCGGAGCUGGCUGACCGCUACACAGACCUCGGGUUGGCUCUCUUCAACCAGGGGCGGUUCUUUGCAGCUGAAGCCCCAUUUCGGUCGAGCUUGCAAGAGAAGGAGAGACUAUCCCUGGUAGGCGAGAACGAUCAUUACAACCUCGCAAACACUCUUGCUAUGAAGGCGUUUGGGCUGACAUCCGAGGCUCGCAGGCAAACUCUGGAAGAAGCGCUCAGCGAAGCACGCAGCGAGCUGAAUCUGGUGAAACCAGCCGCGGUCGAGGACCUGGACGUGGACGACAACGCGGUCACGUUGGCUGACGAGAUUUGCCGUAGACUGGAACCAGUGGAGGAGGGUCACACCUCGUGCGAUGUGAUCUGUAAGAAAACCUGGGGGGUGCUCUUCAAGAAGGCCGAAGCAAAGGUGCGGGCGAAGGGGAAGCGGAAGCGCGCGGACAACGCUCCCAAAAUACGAUGUGUGUGUGGCGAUUGCGGUGGAAGAGAUGCUGCUGUGUCGCUUGAGGGAUUUGCGGAGCAUGCGGGGUGUGGUGGAGACUGGAGGGAGACUGUACUGAGGAAUCUUCCUACCAGCACACAGAAGCUGAAUGAUGAUCGGGAGGAUCGAGAGACCGAGGGUGAGGAACAGGAGAAUGAGGGUGAUGCACUACUUAAGCAGGGGAGGUUCGAGGAGGCUUUGGGGUGUUAUGAGAAGGUUUUGAAGGAGGUUGGGGUGAGGAAAGGGCCUUGUGAUCUUGAGAUAGCCCUGGCACUUAGUGACGUGGGGGUCUGUUUGUACAACCUGGAUCGCGACCGGGAGGCGGAGCUUUUUCAAAGGCGAGCAUUGGAGAUAACUGAACAGGAGCUCGGGAUGGAGCACGAGGAAACCGGGCGGGCAGCGGCAAACCUAGCGCGUAGCCUUCGUGUGCUUGGUCAGAAGGAGGAGGCUAUGCAUCUCUUUCACAGAGCCCUCGACGUCAGGGAACUACUGGCACGGACCCAGGAGGGCGGCGUUGAGGCCCAGAUUGAGGGCGGCGCUGUUGAUCCUGGUGUGACCAAGGCACGGGAGAGGUCCCUCGAGCUGGCUGAGGCACUUGAGGACGUUGGAGAGUCGCUGAACUCGCUGGGCCGGGGGUUGCAGGGGGCACCUUAUCGGAAACGUUGCCUGGUAAUCAAGCAAGAGGAGCCAGGCAUUGAGGACGUCACAACUGCCGACCUAUUGGCACUGCACUCUACGAUGGAGUCGUCCCUGUCUGCUAGAAUGCGGCACGCGAAAGAACCCCGGACGCCCUCGGCCACCAAACUAUCAAAAUCUCGUUCCCACAUCGAGUGCAUGACUCGGCUAGACGUGAUCUGCCAUCCGUCAUCAGCAUCCCAGCCGAGCACGCGGGAAGCAAAGACUGGCCGGAUGUACUUCGACAAGCAGGACCCAAAUGUGACUCCUUUGGUCAUCUGCAACUGUCGAGAAUGCGGUAGGAACCCUUGCAGAACGGGAGAAGGGGGUGAGCCGGCAGAGGGUGAGACGCCAGAGGCUCCUGGAGAUGCAGUGGUUGUAACCUUUGCAGAAACCGUCGAGAUCGUCGAAGUCGAAAAGGUGGCCCGGGAGUGGCAAAGGAGGACUGUUGAGAAGCCGGGGAAAGGGGAGCUUGACAUUGAAGUGGAGAUGUUGAGUGAAGUAGUGUAG